GUUGCUUAGCUGCUUAGCAAUAUAGGCAAAGGCGGAGAUGAUUAGUCUCUCCCCAACUCCUCUCCUCUACUUCUUUUCUUAAGUUUUGGAUUAUCACAAAUGGAUAUCAAGAUUUUCUUGAUAUUUGUGGUGAUUCUGAACGCCAUGCAGCAAGGCCCUGCUGCUUAUCGGGACCUUACGUGCGUGGAGCCCGAGCCAGGAUAUACCAAAAGAUUGUUGUAUUAUUUCACCGCAAGAGAAAUUGAGAAAACAUGCCCAACGCAAGUCGACUUGAUGUGGAGAAUCGGAAAUGAGGUAUUCUGUACCCUUCUGUGUGGGAUUGUAUCGCUGAUGUUGGCUUACACGUAUGUGUAUGCACCGUCGAUUGGAAACCGCGCCAAGGGGAGAUGGGCAGCCAUGGUUUCCAUGUUCCAAGCAUGGAGAACUCGCCGUUCCCUCUGCCGUUUCUGCGGAACUUCUCCAUGUCAGGCCAAGCGAACAUCAUGGAAGCGCUUCAGACCCCGUAUCAAGAAUGUGACCGAUUUCGAGGAGCGAUCCAAUGCUAUGAAGUUGUUCAGCCUCGGACUGGAGCUGUCCGUCGACCUGACAAAAGAACUUCCCCGGGAUGAGCUGUACUGGGCUAGGAAAUACUGCGAUCAGUUCGAGGAGGACCAUAUGGUUCUAUUCCCGCUGUGCGUCCAGCGUCAAAUCAAUGACUGGUACCCAUUGCCUCACUAGAUUCCUUGCAGUAUUUGACGAUGAGAAGAAUGUCGAUGAUGGAACAGAGGUGGUCGUGGUGACGUCAUCGAUUUGUGUGAUAACGCCCUAAUGGUCGCAACCGUGCUUUAUUUCUGAUCAAUGAGAGCAGCUGAUGCUUUUCUUGACCGUGUGAUAUUUAUGUUGUUUUCGUAGUUUUGGUCAGUUUUACUUUGUAAAAUUGGUACUUUACAGAGAGGAACAAAACUGUUCUGUAUUGGUCAGCUACUAUGUAUAUAUGUGCUGUAACGUUUCUAUGGUAACCAUUCACACGUGGUAUAAUAAAAUGUCCUAACCU